CACGAGUCUCCGCCCUUGCUCUUAAAGAGCGGCUGACCGAGACGGGGCGGUCUUUUAGCUCUGUUGGACCAGCUUUUACACGAAAUCGUCCAGGAUUAUCAUUAAGAGUCAUGGCAGAGCAGAAGGAGCGCACCUUUAUUGCCAUCAAGCCUGACGGCGUGCAGAGAGGCAUCAUCGGGGAGGUCAUUACGAGAUUUGAGAGGAAAGGUUUCAAACUUGCGGCGAUGAAAAUGCUUCAAGCUUCGGAGGACCUGCUGAUGGAGCACUACAGUGACCUGAAAGAACGUCCAUUUUUCCCGCACCUCGUCAAUUUCAUGAGCAGUGGUCCGGUGGUUGCCAUGGUGUGGGAAGGCAAAGGGGUUGUUAAGACCGGCAGGGUGAUGCUUGGUGAAACCAACCCAGCAGACUCAAAACCUGGAACAAUUAGAGGAGACUUCUGCAUUGAUGUUAGCAAAAACAUCAUCCAUGGAAGUGACUCAGUUGAGAGUGCUACAAAGGAAAUUGCCCUGUGGUUCAAGCAAGAAGAGCUGACUUCCUACACAAGCUGUGCCUCCAGCUGGAUCUACUGAGCACUGUCCUCAAAUACCCCUUAUCCAUUCUACCUUCAAUAGAAAUAGUUGUUUCAGACUGUACUUUCAGGGUGCAUUUGUCUUGGUAACAUUCCAUUUGAUGUGCUGAUGACAUGGUCCAAUUUAUACUGCAAAAUAAAUGGUGCAGACUAAA